UCAAACAAUUUCUGACUGCUGGGAGGAAAGCUGGAAUCUUGCUGGAAGCAGCAGAAAUCAAAGGUUCAGCUUUGGGGAGCCUCUGAUAAAAGAGGGAGAGAUCUGAAAGAGACAACAAAAGAGCGGUGGGACCAUUGUUUGGAUUGAUACAAAGGAAAUUAUCGUCUGCAGACGUGUUCACACCCUUGGAUUGUGUUAAAGGCAUCCAGAGCUGCUACAACGUAACGUGGAUCAAACUGUGUUUGAAAUUGUGAAACAUUUCAGAUCCUCUAGAGUGAGGACUGGUUUUUGAAAAGGCUACAAUGGCUUCUGCUGAUAUGAAGGACGAUCUAAGCUGCUCCAUCUGUCUGAACAUUUAUAUGGAUCCAAUAAUGCUGAGAUGUGGACACAACUUCUGCCGGGAAUGUAUUAACAAGGUGCUGGACACUCAGAAGGCGUCUGGACUUUAUACCUGUCCGGAGUGCAGAGAGGAGUUCCAGGAGCGACCUGUAUUGUAUAGCGCAAGAGCUCUACGGAACCUAGCAGAGAAGUUCCUAGUUUCUCAGCCCAAUCAGGAAGAUACGGGAAUCUAUUGUACUUACUGUGUGGACUCCCCUGUACCGGCUAUAAAAUCCUGCCUACACUGUGAAAGUUCUCUGUGUGCCAAACAUUUGAGAGUCCAUGCCAAGUCACCAGAACACGUCUUAUCUGAUCCCACCAACUCCCCGGGGAACAGAAAAUGCUCCAUCCAUAAAAAGAUUGUGGAGUAUUUCUGCACCGAGGAAAGGGUUUGUAUCUGUGUUUACUGUAUUGCUGAGGGAGAACACAAAGGACACCCGGUGGAGAAGCUGGAUGAGGCCUCUGAGAAGAAGAAGGAGAAGCUGAGGAAAGAUCUGGAGAUGAUGACCUCAAGUAAAGCAUGGGCUGAGAAACAAGUCCGGAGUCUGGAGGAACGUAAAACAGAUGUACAAGAAAAGGCAGCCGGUGUAAUAGAGAGAGUCACUGUCCUGUUCAGAGAUGUCAGGAGAGAGCUGGAAGAAGUUGAGAAGAGAGUCCUGAGUGAGGUCUCCAUGGAGACAGAGAAGAUCUCACAAUCUCUGUCCAAUCUAAUCCAACAUCUGGAGAUACAGAAGGACGAGUUGUCCAGGAAGAUGAGUCACAUCGAGGAAUUGUGUAAAACCGCCGACCCAAUGAUCGUCCUGAAGGAUCAGAACUCCGAUAGAGAGGAGAUCUGUCCUACCGAGCAGGAGGAUAAUAUGGAGACAAUGAUUCCGAGGGAAGGUGAUUUCCAUGAGGAUCUCAUUACAGAUCGAUUAAACAAAAUAUCUGAAAUCAUGAAAUAUAUUCACACCUGGAUACAGCAACCAGAAGGAGUUUUACUUGACAGGGAAACAGCUGCUAACAAUAUACAGGUUUCAAGGGCUUUUAAAACUGCAUCUUGGUCAGCAGUAGCAUUAAAUCACCCAGAAAGUCCCAAAAGAUUUGACAACAAUCAGGUUCUAAGCAGGAGAAGUUUUUCUUCAGGGCGGCAUUGCUGGGAGGUGGACACGAGUAAUUCGAAUAGCUGGAGAGUCGGGUUGUGUUAUUCUAGUAUGGACAGGAAAUCGUGUAUUGGGGAGACUACAGAUUCCUGGUGUUUACGAAGGUAUAAUCAUGAAUAUAAUAAGAUGCAUGGAAAUAAAUUUAUGCCACUUCUUCAUACACCUACCAUCCAUAAAUUCAGAAUUUUGCUGGAUUAUGAGGCCGGGCAGAUCUUAUUUUUUGAGCUGAGCGACCCCAUCAGACCCCUCCAGACAUUCACCAUAACCUUCACCGAGCCCCUCUAUCUUGUGCUCGCUGUGUGGAAUGGAUCAAUGACAAUUACCAACUAGGAAUAUAUUUUUUUGCUGUAUAUUCUGUACAGUCAAGCCGUGUACACACCAUCGGUUUGUCCAAUG